CGGAGAACUGGGUGCGGGGUGCAGAGAACUCCGGAGGACGCCCGAACGGAGCAGCACCGCGGACAGCGCCCGCCGCUCCGCGUCCAGCUCAGCCUGCGCUGCCCUCUCGCCCUGAGGUUCCUGCUUCGCGCUCUGAUAACUCGCCCCUGCACCAUGGCAGAAUCCCACCUGCAAUCAUCCCUGAUCACAGCCUCACAGUUUUUCGAGAUCUGGCUUCAUUUCGACGCUGACGGAAGUGGUUACCUGGAAGGAAAGGAGCUGCAGAACUUGAUCCAGGAGCUUCUGCAGGCGCGAAAGAAGGCUGGAUUGGAGUUAUCACCUGAGAUGAAAACCUUUGUGGAUCAGUACGGGCAGAGAGAUGAUGGAAAAAUAGGAAUCGUAGAGCUGGCUCAUGUCUUACCCACAGAAGAGAAUUUCCUGCUGCUCUUCCGAUGCCAGCAACUGAAGUCCUGUGAGGAAUUCAUGAAGACUUGGAGAAAGUAUGACACUGACCACAGCGGCUUCAUAGAAACCGAGGAACUCAAGAACUUUCUAAAGGACCUACUAGAGAAAGCAAACAAGACCGUGGAUGAUACAAAACUAGCUGAGUACACAGACCUCAUGCUAAAACUCUUUGAUUCAAAUAAUGAUGGGAAGCUGGAGCUGACAGAGAUGGCCAGGUUACUACCAGUGCAGGAGAAUUUCCUUCUUAAGUUCCAGGGAAUCAAAAUGUGUGGGAAAGAGUUCAAUAAGGCUUUUGAGUUAUAUGAUCAGGACGGCAAUGGAUACAUAGAUGAAAAUGAGCUGGAUGCUUUACUGAAGGAUCUGUGUGAGAAGAACAAACAGGAACUGGAUGUUAAUAAUAUUACUACAUACAAGAAGAAUAUAAUGGCCUUGUCGGACGGAGGGAAGCUCUACCGAACAGAUCUUGCUCUUAUUCUUUCUGCUGGGGACAACUAGAGUUGGUGGCCACAACCACUUGCUAGUGAUACAUUGUAUCUAAAAACAUAACUGUGCGCUAUAAAGGAGUAGGCUGUAUUUUUCUUUUAUAUCUGUAAAUCCUACUGCAUAGAGAUAAUUAUCCAGGAUGCGUGGCACAUUCUUUUCUGCUUGUUUCUAUACUGUUUGUAAUGUACAGUUUUUGUAACCAGAUAAUUGAAAAGAAGGAAGUCCAUGCUUAUGCCAAUUGGUACAGUCGAUUAAGAAAUGAAUCUAACGUGGUUUCGCUUUCAUAAAUGCAGCUGAACAUUUGGAGUUCCCUAAAAAUUCUACCAGCAUUCUUGUCAAAAAAUUCUAGUGUUGGAUGUGCAAACGCACAACUGUCACUGAAUAGAAUAUAAAUCAUAACAAGCCAAGCAUUUUUAUUUUAGAAGAUCGUGGGACUGUCCCACCAAGCACUUCUGUAUUGUUCCCAUCAAGUGGAGGGAAGGUGCCUCUGCAUCUGAAGCACAAAACGUCAAUCAAUAGUUAGUUAAUUAUGGCUUUAUUAUAAAACAUUCUCCCUAGAGAUUUAGUUUACUGAUCAGUGACAAUGUCUACUGCUUGAAUAGAAACCACACUAUUGAAUCCUGGUGACAAGGAAAGGGAGCCAGAUGACACCGAAAUCUGUCUGAUUCUAUGUCUAUAUUUCCAAGAAGUCUACUGCCAGAGAAUAUGACUUUAGCCCAUUUUCUAAAUUAUUUUCAUGUGUUUCCAGAUGACAAUUAUUCUAGUAAACUGCUGUUUUAUGUCAUAUUUGCUGUGUACACUCUCUGAUUAAAUUCAAUGUACUGAGUAUCCUGGUGUCUAGUUUGCAUACUUCCUGGAUUUUCUAUGUAGAAAUGUUGACCUCCACCAAGGGUAUCUAUUGGCUCUGAAAAUAUUUUUUUUUAGCUAUAACUACUCUAUUUUUACUAUGUAAUUGAUUUUAAUGUAAGAUUCAUAGCAACCUGAUUAUUGAAUGUUAAUUCAUCAAAAUUUUUGUGUAUCCUGUGGGUUCUAUAUUUCAUAUUGAGAUCAGCAUUCAAAAUAGUUCUACUCCUAUCUCCAGAGUCUCAGAUAGGUUCAAGAUAGAAUCAGAAGAGAAAUGCUAGUGUAAUCAUUUAGCUUAUCUAGUAAAUGAUAAUCUAAAACCUUCAUGGGCUCACACGUAGCUCAAUUUCAUGCAUUUUUAAGCUAGUAUAGCCUAUACUGGUUAUAGAUUGCAAAUAAUGACUAAUGACCUUAGAUUCUUUAUUGCAAAGCAAAACCCAAUGACAGAGUCUAUGAGUUCAUUGUUGCCAUUCAAGAGUCAAUGAAGGCCUGGAUCAGCUAGAAUAUUCCUAUUAAGCACUUUUUUUCUAGUUUUUAAAAAUAACAACAAAAAAUUGUGGGCCUUUUCCCUCAAGUGAAUAAAAAGGGAUCUGCCACAGAAAACAAAACAAACAACAAACAAAGAAAGAACCCCAUAUCCCAUGUAGGGAGGGAACAACAGACUGGCUUUUUGCUGUAGGAAUCAUUUGGAAGCAGUGGCGUUACACUGAAUUUAACUAUUAAGAAUAAAGAAAAUUACAUUACUCUCUCCUAUUUGUUUCUCCCCCCAAAGUGCUAGUGGAUAUGUAUUCUAUUAUCAAUUAGGGUAGAAAUGUAGAUAUUUUGAAUCAUUAUAUCUUAAGGGCUCUAAAAAAAACUUUGUUCAAUGAAUGGCUGACUAUAAGGCUUAGACAUAUGGAGAGUUUUUGUGAUUAACCAACAAAGAAAUCCCAGAAGAUCCAAAUAUUUAAAGAGUUCUUUUUUCUCAAGUUAUUUAGCCACAUAUUUUUUUAUGAAAGAUCUUGAAAGCAAGAGGAAUGUGCAAAGAUCUUUUUAAAUUUAUAGAAAAACGGCUGUUCGACAAAAUAGAUAUUAAAAUGGCACCAAGUUUCGCAUUCUUACAAUAAUGGUCGAACAAAAUCUACAGUAGAAAAAUAUAAUUGUAGUAGUUCUUCUCAUGUUGGUUUAUGUUUUAUUAGGGGUUGUGUUUCUUAAUUCAUCUGUUCAUUUUUCUGAGGCAGGGUCUCACCAGGUAGUGCAUACUGGUCUUGAACUCUUGAUCCUCUUGACUUAGCCACCCUAGUAACAGAAUUUUUCACACAAGUGGCAAAGAAAAUACAAAUUAUUCCUCAAUAUUAACAUUAAAAUAAACACAGUUGAGAAACAGGUAAGCUGACUAGGUAUUCACAAGAGGACAUUUCAUUGUCCAAUAAACAUAAAAAUAAUCAAUUUCAUUGUUAAUCAAAAGAAACACAAACUUUAAAAAUGGGAUCCUACUAGCUGCUCCUAAGAGAGUUGAUGAGGUUGUCGUAUAGUGGAAAUCCCCCCACUAUGUAAUGGAAACUUAAAGAAUAAACCCUUUGGAAAACAAUUUACCAUACCUACUAAAUUUGAUCAUUCUCUAGCAAAUUUCCAUAGCCUAGCAAUUAUAUACACAGUAUCAGUCUACUGGAGACAGGUUGAUACUAUCUCCAUCACCCAACAGCAUGGCAUUGAGGACAGAUUCAAACUAGAAACAACUGCAACUUCCAUCCACAGCAAAACUGACAAACUGUGGUCCACACACUCCAUACACUCAAAGAAAUGUUAUAAACCAACUUGAGUGCCUGAGCAGCUUCUACAAAGGAAUAAAGCCAGAAAUAGGGCAGCACAAACUCACUGUGUCAAGAGAAGUCAUGUAGUUAUUGUACUAAAUGUCAAGAUAGUGGCUAGUCCCAAAGAGAAGGGAGCAAUUCCUGGUGAGGGACAGAGGUGGGGUUUCUGGAUUCUUGGCAACACUCUAUCUCAGAACGUUAUAUGCGUGUGUUGAUUCUGUGAUGA